AUGUCCCUGACCCUGUCCAGCCGCAUGCUGCAGCGUGAAGUGGCACAGGACAAGAAGAGCACCCUGGAGAAUCUCCAGCUCCUCUUCGACAUCCUGGAGACCGAGUCUCGACCCGAGGGCCAGUAUGGCCAGGGGAUGGUGCUGGAUGGCCGGCCGGCCUCCGGACGCAGCUCCGAGUCGCGCUCUCCCCCAGGUGACCUGUGCCUGUCGGCCGAGAAGGCCGCCCUGCUGGUCGGGCUGCUCGAUGCCCCGAGCACCCUGACCAAGUCCGUGUAUCCGGUGGAGGCGGAUCGGCUGGCGACGCUGGCCGACCUCAAGCGCCAAGCUGGGCAGCUGGCCGGCGCUGCGGCCAUUGCCCGUGGCCUGCUGUCCGGCGUUCGGCCGGAUGAUUGGUCCCUGCACAAGAUCUACCUGGAUUGCGUGUGCGGCGGCCCGGCCUUCGGCUCGAACCCGGGCGCGGAGAAUGGCCCCUGGGAGGCUGUCGACUCUUCGAUCGAGACGAUCAGCCAGUUCCUCGAGCAGCGGACCCAGGCCCCGGCCGUCCCGCUGAAGGCCGACGCGGUGGAUCCUUCGCGCUUGCGUGGCCCGCACCUGGCCCGGAUGGAGUGGUGGCUGCGCCGGCAGGCCGGCCCAAGUGCGCCCCCCCUGGCCGAGCUGCAUGGUCUGCUGCUUGCCUACUUCCGGCGCUUCGGCUCGCGCACGUGCUUCUUUGCGGAUGUCCGCCCGUAUGCCGAGGCCAUGCACCGGCUGGGCUCCAGGGCCGAAGUGGCGGCCCUGUUGGCGGACCUGCAUGCGGAGUGCCGUUUUGAUGAGGACUUCCCGACCGCCAUCACCACUGCCGCCACUUCGACUGAGGCGGCCAUUUGCGAGCCGGCCGAUAGCCUCGGCCUGAUUGAGAUGCAGGUGUCCUACGGGCAGAUGGUCAUGCUGCUGGACCCGCCCUCGGCGGCGGACACCGCCGCCAGCGGGGCUCUGGUGGUGGCCCUGCUGCGGAAGCAUGCGGCCGCCCGGCCGGCCGGCAUCGGCAUGGUGGUCACCGAUCUGCACCCUGGCGAUGACCUGGCUCUGCUGGCCAGCCAGCAGUUGACGCUGAUGGCGGUGGCGCUGCGGCCGCGGCUGCGCCAGCGCCCGAGCUUCCGGCCGCCGGGCUCCCAGGCGACCGGGGCCCCGGGCGCCGUCAGCUGGUCUGGCCUGCUGCAGCUGGCCCUGGCGGUGGCCGAGUCGGCCCUCAGCCACAGCCCGUAUCACUUCCGUCUGCGGCUGCAGGCCAUCCACCUGUGCGGGCUGCUGGGGCUGCCCCGCCGCGCACAUGUCGGCUCGCUGCGGGCCUACAGCACCCGGUCCGCGGUCCCGAAGGAGCUGGGCCCGAACACGCACGGGCGCUUUGUCGACACCGCGGCCGAUGGGCAUGAGCGUCUGCUGCAACUGCGGCAGGUGCAAAAUGACACCCUGGCCGGGCAUGUGGCCCUGGACUAUGUGGCCGGGGCCGGGGGCCUUUCCGGCCUGGCCGGCGAGGCCUUCGCCUCGGUGGAGGGGGUCUACGAAGCCGCCCCGCUGGAGGUGUCGCAAAUGGUCAAGCUGGCCAUCCAGAAGAAGUCCUUCAGCAAGGUGUUCGAGUUUGUGCGCUUCCACCGGCGCCUGGCCCGCUCCAUCCAGCAGCACAUCUGCACGGUGGAGGCGGUGCGCGGCCAGCUGCUGACGGUUUCCCGCAGCGGAUCCGACCACUUUACUCUGCAGGGGGGCUUCGGCUGGCUGUCCUCCCUGCCGACGGCCACCGUGCAGCUGUCCGACUCGGCGCUCUACAGCAUGCGUGACAAUCGCGACACCCGGUCUUUCGCCGACUGGACCCUGGCCGGCAACCUGCAUGCCGACACCCGUGUGUUCCCCCUGCGUGAUGUCCACUGGGUCGCUGCCUACCAUGCGGCCUACUCGGUGUUGCACGCCUUCGUCCCGGAGCGCUUUGCCGACCUGCCGGCUCUGCUUGACCAGCUCCACCAGCGCCUGAAUGCGGCCGUUUGCGCGCGCUCGGUCACCUGGAGCGAGGCGGUCACCCUGCGACUGGUGGCGCAGCUGGGCCGCUUCAUGCACCAGCUGAGCCUCCUGCGGGAGGCCGACGCCGCCGACAACACCGCUGACCUGGAGGCCACGGCGGCCGCCAUUGCCCAGUCCCUGGGCAGUCUGCAUGCGGCGGCGGCGGUGCCCACCUGCCCGGCCGACCGGCUGGCCGGGGCCACUCUCCCCGGCGCCGGGGGCAUGACCCUGGACCUGGAGCAGCUCAUGGACUUCGAGUGUGCCUCCGACCGGCACCGCCUGUCCGAGGCCGCUGCCUAUGCCGGGUAUCUGGUGGUCAGCGCCCAUGCGCUGGUCCCCUCGGCCCCGGUGCGUGCUGGCUGGCUCGAGCGCCACCCCGCCAUGGCGGCCGGCCUGGCGGUCCUCAAUGACCUGCAGGCGUCCCUGCUGGACUUGGUCGAGGCCGUCGCCCGGCCGGGGUCGGAUGCCGACAUGCCGGCCGUCCUUGCGCCGCUCGAGUCGUCGGCUGCGCAGAAGGCCCUGGCUGCCGGCCUGGUGGCCGAGGCCGAGCGUGUGGCCACCUCCCUGGGCCUUGCGGCCGACAUUUCCGACGCCAUGCAUCUUCCGAAGGCGCUGGCCAACGUGGCCAGUGCCGCGGCCGAUGCCCAAUGGUCUGAUCUGGCCCAGCCCUGCCGCGAGUACCUGAUCUCCGUGCACAAGGAGCUCUUCCAGCUGGAGCCGCUCUUCACCGCCAGCCGCUAG